AUGUCCGUCAUUCUCUGCACCGCCGGAUACGACCACACGAUUAGGUUUUGGGAGGCCCUCUCGGGAAUCUGUUCGCGCACGAUCCAGCACCCAGACUCGCAAGUCAACCGCCUGUGUAUCUCACCAGACAAGCGGUUCCUCGCCGCGGCGGGCCAUCACACCGUCAAGCUCUACGAUAUCAAGUCGACGAAUCCGAACCCGCUCCUGACGUUUGAGGGCCAUACGGGCAAUAUCACGGGCGUCGCUUUUCACUGCGAGGGCAAAUGGAUGGUGACGAGCUCUGAGGACGGGACGGUCAAGAUCUGGGAAACUCGGACGGGCUCGAUACAGCGAAGCUACAACCAUGGCUGCCCCGCCAACGACGUUGUCAUCCAUCCCAAUCAAGGCGAGAUUAUCAGCUGCGACCGGUCGGGGAGCGUGAGGAUCUGGGACCUGGCGGAAAACAUGUGCGCUCACGAGCUCAUCCCGGAAGAGGAUGUGCCCGUGUCGAGCGUGACGGUGGCGAGCGACGGGACGCUGCUUUGUGCCGCAAAUACACUUGGGAACGUGUUUGUGUGGCUCCUUCGACAGACUUACGAUCGGACCGAGCUCCUUCCUGUAACGCAUUUCAGCGCUCACAAGGAGUACAUUACGCGGAUCCUCCUGUCCCCAGACGUCAAGAAGCUGGCGACGUGCAGCGCAGACCACACGGCCAAGAUCUGGGAGGUCAAGGACGCCAAGCCGCGGGGCGACGCCGAAGCCGAGCCGAAACCUUUUCUGCUAGAGGCGACCCUGACGGGCCACCAGAGAUGGGUAUGGGACUGUGCCUUUAGCGCCGACUCGGCGUACCUGGUGACGGCCUGCUCGGAUCACUACGCACGACUGUGGGAGGUCCACAGCCAGCAGAUUAUCCGGCAGUACAACGGCCACCACAGAGGGGCAGUAUGCGUGGCACUCAACGACUAUUCGGAGACACGAUAG